AUGUUUUUGAUUGCGAAGAUUGUACGUGGCCGACGACUACUCCAUGAAUUAGAACAGCAAGAGAAGGACCAAAUCGUUCUUGAAGCAGCUCAAGCAGCAUCCACGCGCUUCAAAGCCGGAAACAAGAAACUUGAAGAUGAGCCUCGCUCUGGUCGACCGACUGCAAUAUCGUUCGACGAACUUAAGAAUCUGGCGGAGCAGCAUCCAUAUGAAGGUGUGCGCUAUUUUGCUGCCAGUCUUGGCUGUUCGCUGUCCACCGUGAGCAAUGGACUACGAUCUCUCGGAAUGGCGAAAAAGCCCGGUCAGUGGCUCCCACAUGCAUUGAGCGACGGCAACCGCCAAAGACGCCUGGACAUCUGCACUCAGCUGCUCUCCAGAAGCCGCAGAUUCGACUGGCUGGACACCAUUGUCACUAGACAUGAAAAAUGGGUCCUCUACGUCAACCACACCCACAAAUGUGCGUGUUGCACCAGCGAUGAAAUGCCGGAUCCUUUCGUGAAAGGUGAAAUCCAUGAGAAGAAGGUCAUGCUGAGCGUCUGGUGA